CUGGAGUGGUGGGGAGGUAAUCGCGCCGACCGUGGACUAAGGACAAUCCGGGGAACAGCGGACCCUCUCAACGCAUCCACACGGCGCGCAUACACAAAAAUUGUCACGACUCCAUUAAAAAAAGCAGCGACUCGGAUCUGGAGGAAACUGGAAACCCAUGCAGUCCUUAUAGACAGCAACAAGAACUGAAGUUCAGGUGCUGGCACUGUAUCACUAACUGCCACGCUUCCCUGGCCUGAUCGUUUAAUUUUGCAGUCAAUGUGUUUGAACGAUGAAAAGAGGAUACGAAGAUGAGCAGCUCGGAGGAAGUGUCGUGGAUCUCCUGGUUCUGCGGGCUGCGAGGCAACGAGUUCUUCUGUGAGGUCGAUGAAGAUUACAUUCAAGACAAGUUCAAUCUCACCGGACUGAAUGAACAGGUGCCUCAUUAUCGGCAAGCGCUGGACAUGAUUCUUGACCUUGAGCCCGAUGAGGAGCUGGAGGAUAAUCCAAACCAGAGUGACCUGAUUGAGCAGGCUGCUGAGAUGCUGUACGGACUAAUCCACGCCCGCUACAUCCUCACCAACCGAGGGAUUGCACAAAUGCUGGAGAAGUACCAGCAAGGAGAUUUUGGCUACUGCCCUCGAGUGUACUGCGAGAACCAGCCCAUGCUUCCCAUUGGUCUGUCUGACAUCCCCGGUGAGGCCAUGGUGAAGCUGUACUGCCCCAAGUGCAUGGACGUGUACACGCCAAAGUCCUCACGGCACCAUCACACGGACGGCGCAUACUUCGGCACGGGCUUCCCCCAUAUGCUGUUCAUGGUCCACCCAGAGUACAGACCCAAGAGGCCAGCGAACCAGUUUGUUCCAAGGCUUUAUGGCUUCAAGAUCCACCCCAUGGCUUACCAACUCCAGCUCCAAGCUGCAAGCAACUUCAAGAGCCCUGUCAAGACCAUCCGCUAGAGAAACGGGCGACCCCUCCAGGCGACCACAUUUAACAACGUGUCCGCAGACAAAAGAAAUGCCGCAAGGCUGUAGACGGUGUUCACUUUAACGAAAAGAAACAGUUUUUCCCACUCUCCCGUCCCUCCAUCCUUUCUCCACAUUCUUCCCCCCCCUCCCCCCCAUCCCCUCUUAAACAACAUUAUUUUGUUGUCCAGGGUUUCCACUUGUGUGCCCUGCAUGAACUGAAGUUGGUGCCAAUGGAUUUCUUUCAAUGGAAAAAAAUACUUAAAAUGUCUCAUCAACAAAAAGCGUGUGUGUGUGUGCGUGUUGGCCAGAGUGAUUUAUUCUCAGUUUAGACCUGUACAUCCAUCCAGCAGUCGUGGAUGGUUUUGAGUGACCUCCAUGCUCGAGUUUCGGUUUCCCAAAGCAGACUCUCCUGUGCCUGGUGAGGAUCUGUUUCAUCAUUCCUGUCUCUGAGUGGAGAUUGUAAUUACAGUCCUGGUGUGGAGACAGUAAUUUGGAGUGAAAAGUCAGUCGAGUAUCGAUCAAUGAUCUACGAUGUACCAUUGAACUGCCAUUUUCUAACAACUGACUGGUACUUAUAGACCAAGUGAUGAGAUGGUUCAGGGGAAUGGUGUUGGGAGUUCAGAGGCCAUAAAAUUUUAUGAUCUCUGGACACCUAUGUUUUAACAGCAUCAGGUUCCUUGAUUUCCCUCCACCCCUGCACCCUCUCUGUAUAGUCCAUAAAAUGUAGCAUGUUUGUGUGGAAACUCAUGUUGAAGAGAUCUGUAUCCCCAUGAGGUAAUCCUGUAUUGCCCAGGCAUGAACUUUAUUGAUCACCUCGCCCAGUGUGAAAACUUUGGCUUCCUUUCUCCCUCUUUGCCCACCCACCCCUGUCUACUCCAGGUAAGUUAAGGUCAUUCACUGUAUUGUAUGUAUUGUAUAAAGAAUAUUGACUUGGUGAAAGCUGCCUGUGUUUUUUUUUUAAAGAACAUGUUUAAUUGGUUUAGGGAUUGUUACUAAUGUUUAUUUCUGAAUAAACUCAUACUUGAUCGAAGAGGUGA